AUGCGGAUUGAACAAGCAUCUGCUAGUGAGAGCGCAAUCCUUUUGGCUCCAUUAUCCCAUAGCUUGUCUGUUGAUCGACAGCUCAACUCCCGAUAUCUUUUUGUUGUGGAUAUGUUCAUAGCAAACUCCUCUGACAUAUCAUCCUUCCUCUUCACCCUUAUCUUUACUUGCCGCAUUGAUCAACCAGCUAUGAAGGGGCUUCUCUCACUGCUCCUUGUGGGAGCUGCUAACGCUUUGGCGGCCUCCUAUGAACCUCGCUCCCUCACGGAGGAUAUGCUGCAAGGCAAGGAGAAGGAGGUCUGGGACGCUAUUAAGGGGGAGAUACCCGGUGCACAAUUGGACGAUUACUUCAACCCUCCUACAGCUCAUCAACGCGAACCUGAUGAGAAGUGGGACGGUAAGCUUGAGGGAAAAUCCGUCAAUACUCUUUGGGUUGAAGAAGGAAAAGACAAGCCCUCAGGUAUCGAGGAGUACGGAAUGAGAUUCAAGACUGUGGACCCCAGCUCUCUCGGUGUCGACAACGUUACGCAAUACAGUGGCUAUCUAGACAAUAAAAAGAAUGGCCAGCACCUUUUCUUCUGGUUCUUUGAGUCUCGACGUGAUCCACAAUAUGACCCUGUUAUUCUCUGGUUGAACGGUGGCCCAGGAUGCUCAUCUAUGACCAGCUUAUUCAUGGAGUUGGGGCCAGCCAGAGUUGGUCAGGACCUCAAGCUCACUCGUAAUCCUAACUCUUGGAAUAACAGGGCUUCUAUAAUUUUCUUGGACCAGCCCGUCAACGUUGGAUUCUCUUACGGUAAAUCAGGUGCCUUCAACACUCCAUCGGCCUCGAAGGAUGUCUUUGCUUUCUUGACCCUGUUCUUCAAGAAAUUUCCUCAAUAUGCCCUCCAGGACUUCCAUAUCGCAGGAGAAUCUUACGCUGACAUCCUGAAACAAAGGUCCAAUAUCAAGUUCAAGUCUGUCCUUAUUGGAAACGGCAUGACCGACCCUUACACCCAGUUCGCAUCUUAUCCGCCCAUGGCCUGUGGAAAGGGCGGGUACAGUGCUGUCUUGGAUCAGCCUACUUGCAAAGCUAUGGAGGCCGCCGUUCCACAAUGCCAGAAAGAAAUCAAGCGCUGCUAUGACAAGCCUACAGAUGUUGCUACUUGUGUUAAGGGUGCCAAAUUCUGCAAGGACGCUCUCGUCCGUCCAUAUUCCCGGACUGGUCAGAGCAUCUACGAUAUCCGUGGUCGCUGCGAAGACCCUAAAGACCUCUGCUACCCUAUCCUGGGCUGGAUCGCCAAGUACCUCAACCAGCGCCAUGUUCAGAAAGCUAUCGGUGCUGAAGUCUCACAUUUCAAAGGGUGCAGCAAUCAUAUAAGCAGCCAGUUCUUCGCCCACGGAGACUACAACCAGCCCUUCCACCGCAAGAUCCCCGGAAUCUUGAAGGAUGUCAAUGUUCUCGUCUAUGCUGGUGAUGCUGACUAUAUCUGCAACUGGCUCGGCGUCAAGGAAUGGACAGAGGCUCUCCAGUGGCCUGGCCGCCAUAUCUUCAGACGAAAGAACCUCAGCGUUGUUUAUCAUAGCGUUAACAAGUGGCCGCUGGGUCGGGUCAAGUAUCAUAAUGGCCUUGCUUUUCUCCAGGUCUUUAAGGCUGGCCACAGGGUUCCAUAUGACCAGCCCGAGAACGCUUUGGACUUUUUCAACCGCUGGCUUGCUGGGGAGUGGACUCCAUAG